AUGAGCAUUAAGGUCAAGCAGGCGGACGAAAUCGAGCAGAUCUUGGUGCACAAGUUCACGAACUUUUUGGAACAGAGAGCUGAGAGUUUCUACGUGUUGAGACGUGUGCCUGUGCCAGGGUACAGCAUCUCGUUUUUGAUUACGAACAAGCAUACCGAGACCAUGAUUACCGAGAAGCUGAUCGAGUUUAUCAUUGAGUUCAUGGAGGAAGUGGACAAGGAGAUUUCCGAGAUGAAGUUAUUCUUGAACGCGAGAGCCAGAUUUGCAGCCGAGGCUUACCUAGAACAGUUCGUCUAUUGA